UUUUUAUGAAUGCAGCUAUACCUAUUGCAGCUGUUCUUGCGACUUUUGUGACCUACACAUAUGCCGAAGAUACACAGCUGACUACAGCUCAGGCUUUUGCGUCUCUCUCCCUGUUCCACAUCCUCGUUACACCCUUGUUCCUGUUGUCCACCGUUGUUAGAUUUGCUGUCAAGGCCAUCAUAAGUGUGCAGAAAUUAAAUGAAUUUCUCCUAAGUGAUGAGAUUGGAGAUGAUAGUUGGAGAAAUGGAGAGAGCCCAUUGGCAUACGAAUCGUGUAAGAAGCACACAGGACUACAUCCCAAAGCCAUAAAUCGGAAACAGCCCUUGAGACACCAGCUGGAUGGCUAUGAUCAACCACAAAGGAUAUCCACUCAACACCUAACCAUGGAUGAAUGUGCUAUCAAGAUAACCAACGGAUACUUUUCCUGGGGAAGUGGCCUGGCCACAUUAUCCGAUAUUGAUAUCAAAAUCCCAACAGGCCAGAUGACCAUGAUCGUAGGACAAGUUGGCUGUGGCAAAUCUUCUCUCCUUCUUGCUAUCCUGGGUGAGAUGCAAACCUUGGAAGGGAAGGUUCAUUGGAACCGCAUAAAUGAAACUGAGUCUUCUGUUGAAGCAAACUGGAGGAAUCGGUUUUCAGUGGCUUACGCAGCCCAGAAGCCCUGGCUCUUGAAUGCAACGGUGGAAGAAAACAUCACCUUUGGGAGUUCUUUUAAUAAACAGAGGUAA